ACUGUACCUACUAUUGCUUGUGCCAAUCCUGAUACUACAUUACACACAGCCACGCACAGUAUAUCUUUGAAAACAGACCAUAACGCACCGGAGAUAUGGAGGUUGACGAUUUUGAAGCUAGAACUGCGACAUUCUCAUCAUGGCUCAAGGAAAUGGGUGUCCGGACUAAUCCAAAGAUGGCAUUGGUUGACCUCCGUCAAGAAGGACGAGGGCGAGGUGUCGGUACGGAUAUUCCUUUCUUUACCUUCUCCCACGGCGGAGUACUAGCUUGACUAGGAGGCCGCCAUUUGCCUUCUCGUCGUUCUUUCGAAUGCUAGCCACAGAGGAUUUCUCGCUGACUGAUAGUACAGUGGCCACAGGGGACAUUGAUGAUGACGAGAUCAUUUUCAGCAUUCCGCGCAAUGCUGUUCUGAAUGCUCAGAACGUGGCCCCUCUUUCCGUCUCGAGGCGAUUUUUGGAGAAGAUGCCGAGUUGGCUAGUAAGUGUUAUAGGUGCUCUCGAUGAGGUUCAAAGGCCACGGCUGACUGGAUUCUAGGUGCUUACCUCGAUACUUAUGGCGGAAGCACAAAUGGAAAAUUCUAAGUGGGCACCGUACCUUGCGGUACUGCCAGAGCGACUGGAUAGCUUGGUGUUUUGGUCCGACAGCGAGCUCGCCGAACUGCAAGCAAGUGCAGUAGCGAAGAAAAUCGGAAAAAAUGAUGCAGAAGAUAUGUUCAAAUCUUACAUAGCCCCGCAGGGCUUAAAGCACUCUAGCACGGAGAUGUGUCACAAAGUAGCUUCUGUUAUCAUGGCCUACGCAUUCGACAUACCAGAUCUUUCCGAUGCCCCAACCUCCGGUGGCAAAGGAGACGAAGCUGGAGACGACCUGGUUUCUGAUGAUGGCGAAGAUGAGAAAACUUUAUUAUCCAUGAUUCCGUUGGCCGAUAUGCUUAACGCGGAUGCAGACAGGAACAAUGCCCGCUUGAUCUGCGAUAACGAGGAGCUAGAGAUGAGAGCAAUCAAACCUAUUAGCAAGGGAGAAGAGAUAUUCAACGAGUUCGUCUUAUGUUCAGCCCCAUUUUCAGCCGCAAUUGUGGUUCACUGACUGGAGGACGUUUAGUUAUGGCCAGCUCCCUAGAUCCGACCUUCUCAGGAGAUAUGGAUAUGUCACAGAUGGAUACUCUGCAUAUGAUGUCGCCGAGAUAUCAGCGGAGCUCAUUGUUUCUCUAUUCCGGAACGGCAAGGUUCAUCCAUCUUUGCAAAAGCUCUCGCAAGACGGUUUAAAGACACGGCUUGAGUUGGCCGAACGAGAAGGCGUCUAUGAAGACUCUUUUGACCUUCUCCACUCUAGUCCGGAUGAGCCAAGUAUACCAGACGAACUAUUGGCAUUUCUGUAUCUCUUGCUUGUUGACGAAAGUCAUCUUAAAGCUAUCUUGAAUUCAGAGAGCAGCCUACCCAGCCGUCCCAAACUCACAACGGAGCUCGCGGGCCAGGUUCUAGCAACUUUGUUGCAAGCAAGGGAGAAAGAAUAUUCAACUACUCUUGAGGAGGAUCAAGAUCUACUCAAGAAUGCAAAUCCUCCGGUUCGAACUGCCAUGGCAAUUCAAGUACGAUCCGGAGAGAAGAAAGUGCUGCGAGCAGCUAUGCAAGAAGCAACUACCUUUUCUUGUGGCAACCAUCGUAUGAGGGUUGUGUCUUCACAAGACGGAAUGAAGAAGAACGCGAAGAGAAAAGGAGAGGAGACGGAACAGCCAAAGAAAAAGGGUCGUUCUCGGUAGAACAUUGGCUCGUUAAUACCGAGAACACUUUGGUUGGUAGGUCACGAAGCUUUUCAUUUGCUUUGGAUUGCUUUUGGAGGAGAUUAUUAAUUGGCGUCAUGUUUGACACCUGUGUCGUCAUUUAAUAAUGAUUUUUUUGCUCGUUCAUGAGCGCUAAAGUACAAAUAGGUCACCCAGAUACCUUCCUUGGGUACUUUCGGACAAAACUUCUAAUGACAACAAAUCAGCGCUUAGCCCUUUGCCUGGGUAACGCCCCUUCCUCCCAUUGCCCGUUUAAACCCUGCAGAAGUUGAGUUACAUAGGAGCCUUC